CUUGCUAGAUAGUGAUAGAUCUAUGCAGCGUUCACUAACUAACAACUAAAUAGAUCUAGGACUAUCAGCAUGGAUUUAAAGUGGAUUGUAGUUUUGCUUGCUGGAAUUAGUUUGGUAGUUGGUAACAAAAGUGAUGAUGAUCGUGAGAAAGCAACAAAGAACUCAAAGAAGAUAUUGCUUGAUCUUUAUACCACCCUCCGUAACAUCGCAUUUCCUGAGUCUCCACUUUCAAGUGGAAGAGUUGCAAACAGAUUUGUUAUGUUGUCUCCAGGAAAAGUGCUAAACUUUUGGGACUACUACCCUGGAAAGGAAUAUGAGCAGAGUCUUCUUAGACUGAAUUCCUCGGCAGCUAAAACAGUUAUUCCACCCUCCGUUAUGGAGAAGUGGUUCGAUAUUGCAGAUGCAGUGGUGGGAGCUGAUCCUAUAUCUGGAGGCAUUAACAGCAAAAGCAUGGCAACAAUUUACGAAACUAUUAUCAGUCAAAUGGAAUUGCUUGGAAUAAAGUCAAAAUCAAGUGAGGCAGAAAGUAGGUACAAUGAAGGUCGCAACUACCUUACCUCUGCUAUUCUAGACCCAGAAAAUCCGGCAAUAAACUCCACUAGGUUAACCCUGUAUAAGCGCUACCAAGACCUUUAUACUCAACGGCAGCUUGAAAUGGAACAGAAGAUCGAAGAUUCAAGAAGCUCUCGAUCUUCGUUGGAUUAUGAGUUGUGGUUUCAACGGAAUUAUCCGUCUUUGAGCAUGAGAGUUGAAGGUGCCUAUACGCAGUGGCUAGUAUUUGGAGAAAAGGAGAGGGUUGAAUUGUACAAAGCAUAUAUGGAUGUUGCAUCAUCGGGCUCGGAAGUCGAGAAAGCAAAAAUGUCUCUUAGAGCGUCUGGAGUAACAUCUUUGGAUCGUACUAGAACCGUCUAUCCCGUGAGCUUUGAACCUGGAAACUGGUACAAGUAUCUUCUUCAUAAAGUAAAAGGCCCAAGCCGUGAUAUGGUGCUUGCUAAGAAGAGUUUGGUUGAGAGUGAAAUUUCAACGCUAAAGACUAUGAUUUCAUUUGCAAACAUUACCAAGGAUGAAGCUUCAAACACACUGAACGCAUUAAAUGAAACUGUAGCUGCUGCAACCUCGGAGCAAAAGAAUAAAACAAAGGAAGCAAUGAAAGCAAGACAGGAAUGUAUAGGAGGACAAAAGAAUAAUUCGUGCACAAAGCUUAAAGCUGCUACCGAAGAGGCUGUUGAUGCAUCCUUUACAAAAGCACAAGUCUCUUCCCAGUAUCAGUCUGCUGCGUUUACACUCAACUCCGAAAAAAAGUUCAAUACUUUCUUAAACACAAGAAUUUUAUCUCUGCAACAGGAACUAUUAGAGCUAGAAAGUGAACUAAGUCGCACUGAACCUUACUUGGGACCCAUUGCUGAUUCACAUGACUUUCAAGAUCUUAAUAAACUUUUGAAUGAGACGGAACAGAAUCUAGAUGACGAAUGGCUGCAAUUUGAGUACGACUCCGACUCUUCCCAUAUAAAUACUUCUCAAGAAUCAAACUCUCUGAAUGUGGCUGCCGGAUUAAGUGUGGGAAUCCCGAAUGGAUUCGGUUUGGGACUAGGCGUUAAUGUUGGUAAAAGUGAUACGGACUUGGAGCAGGCCAUCAGCAGUGCUAAUGUGAAAGUUUCUGGGGAAAUAUUACGAGUGACAGUGAAAAGACCAUGGUUUAAACCAAGUAUCUUUGAAGACUCAACUCUCUCUUUCGGUCAGUACAAUGAAGACGAGCAGAAGGCAACAUAUGUAUCACCUGGACCAAAAGAUGAAGCCACAUUUAAGGAAUACGUGGCUGGAAAUAACAAUAACCUGUAUCUCAUGCCGGAGUAUGUAACCAGCUUCUUAUUGGCUAGAAGCAUUAAGCUCCAGUUUUCUGGUGUGGAUGCAAAGAGUGUUAGCCAUCUGACUCAACUUAUGGUUGGGGCGUCUUUCAGUGCAAGUUAUCAAAUGUUUAGCUUUUCUGCAUCUGUUGGAGUAAACAGAAUGAAACAAAGUGUAACUGCUGACAGGACAGCCAACGGUAUGAUCAUCAAUAUCCCAGGGGCGCAAAUUAUUGGGUACUACACAUCCGUCUUGCCCAAGUUUCCAAGCAAACAAAUAUAUUAACUGUUAACUCAAUUAAUUGUUGUGUACGAAAUAAUCAAGACUCAGUAAUUAUAUUACAGUGUGCACACUUGUAUAGAUCUACAUGCAUGAUUUUGCGUAGUCAAUGAGUUUUUUUCUGAGUUUUAUAAAGUACUGUUCUCGAAUUCUUUUUCACGAUAAACUGAUUUUCCCGA